CGCAAACGCACGAUGGGUGACGUUGUCGUGGCCGAGCGCAGCCUCUGGAUCGAGGUGCAAUGGGUCUCGCCUUUAAUGACUUUUGUCUUUUGGGUCGCGGCCGUCACAUGGGGACUCUUGACGUCGCCGUCGUAUCGGUACCUCGACACGUACAACCCGACGAUCAGCGAAGCGACGUCGCACCCGCACCAGCACAGCACCAUCUCGUACGUCAUGGCGUGCGUGGCGUCGGCGAUCUUUUGGCUCGUCGUCGUCCUCGCCGUCGAGUUUGGCCUCCACCGCACCGGUGCCAACCGGCGGGAGUUCUACGUGCGCCUCGUCAACCUCUCGCUGGGGUGCCUCGAGGCUGUCCUCCUCACGAUCGCGGCGGCGAACCUCAUCAAGUUCAACGUCGGUGCGCUGCGCCCCAACUUUGCCGCGGUCUGCGCGCCGGUCCUGUCCGCCGACAACAAGACGUAUACGUGCACGACGCCCCGCAGCACGUACGAGGCGUCCAUGAUCUCAUUUCCUUCGGGCCACACGGCAACGACGGCCGCGACCGCGCUCUACACGACGAUCUACCUCCUCUGGACGCUCUACUGCCGCGACCCGCCCGCGAACGCGACGCCGCGGGCCAUGGCGUGGUGCCGCCAAGCGCUCUUCUUUCCGGCACUCCUGCCGCUGGGCCUUGCGAUGGCCGUUGCGGUGAGCCGCGUCACCGACUGGCAGCACCACACGAUCGACAUCACAAUGGGCACGCUCCUCGGGUACCUCGCCGCGUGUCUCUCGGCCUUCCGCGUCCUCGCCAUGGGUCGCGCCGCCGAGUGCGCGCAGACGUUCACGACGCUUCGCUAGUCAUGUCGUCAACGUCUUCGUCGGCGCCGGCAUGAAGGAGGGACAUGCGUUGGUCAGCUUGUUGCACAUGCGCCCUCUGAUAAAGCUAAACUAAAACAACUUGCAUCAUGCUGAG